AGCAGCGAGCACCGUCCCUUAUGCAAAUGAAACCGGAAGAAAACGUCAUCGUUGGCCAAUCUGAGCGCUCUGAAGUGACAUAAUGGAAUUUUUGAGGAUAGAAAACUUGCAAAUGCGUAUUGACGCCCAUAGAUAACAUUUUACGCGCCGGGCGAAGAAACAACAAGGAUGUUUUAAUAAAGAACAAUAUAAAUCGCUCAAGUGAAGAUACUACGUUAUAUAAAAGCACAAGGGAGGAAAACAAACAAAAGAAAUGGGUCUUUCGGAUACCAAACCCGGCUCAUCCCUCCACAGGGUGUAGUAUGGGAACAAGAAUAGGACGAUUGCUAUCCAAGGAAUAUAUCAUCCAUAAUGAUGAAGAAAGACAUGAGUUUGAACCUCGACGACCAGAACAGCUCCAGUCUAAAGCCAGACCUCCGGGAUGCCGAGGGAAUACUUAAUUCACCCGACUUGGGACUCCUAAAGUUGGCUUCUCCAGAGCUGGAGAGGCUGAUCAUCCAGUCCAAUGGGAUGGUGACCACCACGCCGACCUCCCAGUUCGUCUACCCGAAGUCGGUGAGCGACGAGCAGGAGUUCGCAGAGGGUUUCGUCAAAGCCCUGGAGGAUCUCCACAAGCAGAACCAGUUAAACGGAGGGCCGUGCGUUCCCCCGACGCUCAACAGACUUACCACCGGCGCCACCCUCGCUUUGCCCACGGAUCUUCCCGUGUACACGAACUUGAGCGCGUAUGGAAGUACCAGCGUGAACUAUUCCACGGACACCAUUCACUUCCCACCGCCGCUGUCCGCGCACCCAAUGGCUGCGCAACAGCAGCAGCAGCCGCCCAAGGACGAACCGCAGACCGUGCCGGACAUGCAGAGCUUCGGCGACAGUCCGCCGCUCUCCCCCAUUGAUAUGGACACGCAAGAGCGCAUUAAAGCCGAGAGGAAGAAACUGCGCAACCGGAUCGCCGCUUCCAAGUGCCGCAAGAGGAAACUGGAGCGGAUAUCACGACUUGAGGACAAAGUAAAGAGCCUGAAGACACAAAACACGGAGCUGGCCUCCACGGCCAGUGUGCUGAGAGAACAAGUGGCACAGUUAAAACAGAGAGUCAUGAACCAUGUCAAUAACGGGUGCCAAUUACUGCCUAAUCAAGUUCAAGCUUAUUAGAGAACAUAUUUGGGGAGUUGACUUGCACGUUUUUUCUAACAUCAAGAUUUUUGGUUACAUUUACAUGUAAGCGAUAGGCAGUGUUGGGUAAGUUACUCUAAAAAAAAAAAAAAAAAAAAAAAAAGUAAUUAAUUACUAACUACUAAUUACAUCUUCUACAGUGUAAUUAGAUUACUGUACUAAUUACUUUGAAAAGUAACUGCAUUAUUUUUACUAAUUACUUUAUAAAAUCUUUAUCAACCUCAACCAGAUGAAAUAUACAAGGAUGGACAUGAAACUGUUCUUUUAAUUCUUUCAAAUAAAUCAUAUAAAAUCAAAUAAAUUAUUAAUGAACUGGCCAAAGAAUUUAAAGGGGCAGCGUUAAAUUAGAAAACACAUUUUAACAUUAGACGGUAAAUUUCGAUAUUAAAUUCACUAUUGUUUUAUAUAGAAUUGUCCUAUAGUCUAUUGAACACAAUUACAUCAGAAGUAAUUGUAAUUAAAUUACUGAAAAAUUAAGAGUAAUCCUUUACUUUUUUCAAUGAAAAAGUAAUUUAAUUACGGUAAUUAAUUACUUAGUAAUGCAUUACACCCUACACUGGCGAUAGGUUACGAGAGACCGUGCUAUAUUGUGAAGGUGUUGUUAGGCACGACGCGAUAUUCACAGAGUAUUAAUUCACAAAUAGAGUUUAAUUCGGCACGGCCUCAAGUGCCCCAUUGCAUAUGUGAAAUGAUAACUACAUAAAAUAUUUAGGGCUUUUUUUUUUCCAUUCAAACCAAGGGCGUAGCCAGGAAAUUAAUUUUGGGUGGGCCUCAAUAAAAAUGGAUGGGCCAAGUUUAAACAACAGAGAAGCGGCGCAAUUAAACUGUUCUUUCACACUUUCAGGAAAUCAGAAUUUAUCCAUUUUUAUUUUUUACUAUUUUAUAAAUAUAUAUUUGAAAUAUACAAAUCAAAGAAUAAUCUCUAAUAUUCUAGGUGGGCCUAAUUUGGGUGGCCCCGGCCCACCCUUGGCUACGCCACUGAACGAAACGUUAUUUUAUUGGGCAUAUUCAUUAAGCACUAUCCUUCCGUUAGAUGAUAUAGUCUUGCAGGUGAGCAGGAUUCACGUUAUUUAAAAAUCGUGUAUUUUGCCAAGAACACUGUAUUGAUCAAUCAUCAUUGGGACUGAAGCUAUCCGUUUUAGAAAUAUGUUUAUAUCAUUAUAAAUAUUUUAUUUAAUAGCUACCCAGAUAGCGCACGUAUGUGCAUAUGUCUACCAGAUGGCGCAUUCUAAUAAACAUCUGCUAAACAUCUUACAAAGGUCAGAUUUACAAGAAUUCUCAAAGACAUCUGCUAAAUGUCUUAUUGACAUCCGAGAGCAUACGUCUUAUAGAUGUAUUGCAGAUGAUCAAACAACCUUAAAAAAACGUCUUCCAUAUGUAUUUUGGAAGAUGUGUAUUCAUGUAUUCAUAUGUGUGUUGUAAACACACACAUCAAGUAGAUGUCUGGAUGAUGUACGUGUGCUAUCACGGUAGUUUCGGUCAACUAAUUAGUUCCACGAGUGCUGAUAUUUGGAACAACAGCACUGGAACGUUUCACUGUUUGUAUCGCUCCACUUAUAUGUGAUAACGAGGUAGUUGAUUGGCUGUCAGUCCUUGCGUUGCUUAGCAACACGCCAGGCUCGAUCGCGUUUUGUCUUGUUUUUAUUAUAGAACACAUUGUUAAUUAACAACUCGUUAUUAAUUAUGUUCUUUGUUGUUUUAUGAUAAUUUCAAAAAAUUUUCUGAGCUGCAUCCAUUAGCAUGUCACACUGCUUGACGUAUGUCAACUACCCAUUUACUGAUGUAUGGGGGUCACAAAAUAAACUCACCCUUCCAGUGACCAGUCAUGCUCUUUUGGACUGUUGUAAAAGACACUACAGGUGCUGAUGUUAAAAAAAUAUAUAUAUAAAAAAUGGUUUAAUAUGUUUACAACAUUUUGUAGCAAAUGGACUUAAAGCAUGCCCGAUUGCAUUGGAAGACAACUGCAAUUGUGCAACAUUAUUUGAUCUCAUCACAGAAGAUCCAAGCAGCUGUAUUUUGCAUUUGCAUGCCUGAGACAAGCUCAACAUGAGUGCAACCAAACCCAACAAAGAUGUCAUGCAUGUACGCUUCAUGUCUAAAGCCUUAUUUGGCAAUAAGCACUUAUUAAUCAAUGACUGUAUCUGUUUUAUAUACAACUAUUUACAAUGUCUUAUUUUAUGUUCUUUGGAAUUUUUCUGUGUUGUGAUGUAAACUUUUCACCUGUCAUGUGCUGUGUGCUGCAUUUUUACGUUUCCAAUGUGAUGAUGUGUACAUGAAGCAUCAUUAAAACCUGUUCAAUUCA